CAGGGCAAGGACCGCGCAGGGAGACGCCAAUGCACUCAAAACAGGGAGCAAGGAGAACAAAUUGGAAAGAAUGCCGUUUCCUGGGGAGGCUUGCGACCCUCGUUGACUUGCAAUGCCGUGCAGUCUACUUUCUGAUCUUGGAUCAAAUCCUUGGGCACUCAAGGAUGAUGGUGUUGCCACGGCAUUUUCAGCAUCUUACAGGCUGCGUCCUCGAGAUGAGAAGAAAGAAGCACGGAGAUUGACACGCCUGCUAGGACCCCAAGCAGGACCUCACUAAUCAAAGUCGAUAGGUCAAGUGCAGAAGGUUUCAGGCAGGAGUGGCUGAUACAGCACAUGAAACAAGAUCCUACUUGCCUCGCUUAUGAAGUUAGGGGCCACGCUAAAGUGCUCAAGAGUCGUAGAUUAGACAUAUUGUCGACCCCUGAUGGAAGGGCUGCAUUGAACCUAUUUGAGCGGAAACUGUGAACCAAUCCUACAGCUUUGCUGACCAACAAGAUAAAUUCAAAAGAUCCAAAGCUUUGUCAACGUAGACAUUUUAGAAUUAGAUCUUUCCACUCACGUACAAUUGGGUUUCAGGUGGUUACAAGCACCAAAUCCAAGAAACAAACCAGUUCGUCUUAAGCAGCUUGCAUACCUCAUCAAUUAGUGUUGUGGAGCAGCUUCCAAGCCAACCCAAAGUCAUCCGUAGCUAACCAGAAGCUAACCAGCCUUAACCCAGAACUAACCAUGGCCCGUUCCAGCAGCGCCUUCACUUCUCUAAGCAGCCCCACGUCUAGGCCCAAGUCUGUCGGCAGCCCGAAAUCGGUAGGCAGCCCAAAGUCUGCUCGAAUUCCCAAGAAGGAGAUAGACUGGGAGCAUCAUGACUUUCUGGAAGCAGAAGAACCGGCCCCGGUGUUUGACGAACUGGGGUCCUCAUCCCGAGCGCAGAGCAGGAAGGGGGUCCGCUCAAAGGGAAGAUCCGCCCAGGCGCGCAGGUAUGCAACUGUUGAGGAGUGCCCCCUUCCCACCCUGCCGAGGUCAGCCGAUCAGCAGCUCGAGCUACCGUGCAACAUCAGAAUCGUGCACACGCUGCGCAUUCCGGUGGACGAGUUUGAGAUCCGCUUUGAGGCCCCUCGCGCCAAAGCGGCAUGGAAGCAGUGGGCCCUGUCAUCGCUGUGUCUGGAGAUCUUCCGGGACGCCUUCUGGUGGAUCCUGGCGGAGGAGUUCAAGAAGCAAGCGCCAGAUGCGGCUGCGCUGCAAGGCUUUGUGUUCGACCGUAUUGCCAACAAUUACACCAAGCUUUUGCUUCCCGACGGCGAGAAGCAAGCACAGCCUAACGACGGGUACCUUGAGAUCUUGGCUCUGGUUCAGGCACAGGGCCUGCUGCGCGCCUUCCAGGUGGCAUUCCCCAAGUCGAAGCACAAGUUUAACGAGGCCUUCUACCGGCGCGUGCUGCGUCACAUCACGCAGUGGACCGUAGCCACGCCCCGGACCAAGGAAGCCUUGCGCGACGUCGGCCAUGGCGAGAGCGGGUUCGUGGGAAGGAUGAUCGAUCCCAACGAGGUCCGACAGGACUUCAGCUACGACGCGUCCAUGUCGUCUAAAGCGAUUGAGCAGUGGCGCGCAACGUACCUCCCCCCCGCCCACGACCUCACCAACCGGGACCGGCACAGCCUGCUCGUGACGCACUUCCUGACGUCACACGGCAUCCUCGAGCCGCCCGUCGAAAAGCACGCCUACGACGGUGUGAAGACCCGCCAAAGCCCGCGAAAGGACCACGUGGGCGGUGUGAAAACGCGCAAUAGCUCGGGGGAGGAAAACGCGGGCGGGGCUCGUCCCUCGAAAGAGGCGGGGGAUCCCGCUGGCACCACCGGGGGGCAAAACAGGGACUCUGAUCCGGGGGGGGCAAACGCUGGGAGGGCAAGGAAAGAAAACGCACGGAGGACAAACGAUGGAGCCGCUUUGUCGGAGAAUUUACCAGGGGAAGAGACAAAACCUGGGGACGGUCCCGGAUCCGGUCUUGGUUCCGGUUCCGGCCACGACAAACGGACCCCGGAACAGCUGAACGUCAGCGUGGCGCCGCACCUUAGGACAGCUGUCAGCGCAUUAUUAGCCGCGGGUUUGGACACGCAGGAGGCCGUCGCGGUCGCGAGUUUCAUGCAGAGCGGGGAGUAUGAUGCGGACGAGGACCCGGAGGCUUUGGGAUUUGGCGAGGGCGGCGAGGGCGCGGCCGGCCCGGGCGAACGGCGCGACGCGCAGAGCGUGUCGUAUGCGUCGAUGGCGGCCGGGUCGUUCGACCGAACGCGGCAAGCGUUGGACAAGUACGCUGACGUCCGGAGGCGCGGCCUGUCGUCCGUCGAGGUAACGCAAAAGGAAACGGCGCACCUCAUCCAAGAGUUACGGCACCUCUGGAGCCACGUGGGCAAGCACGACAUGCGUUACAUUAGCAACGCGCUCGCGAAGUGGGACCCAAAGCCGGUAGUAACGCUCAGCGCGCGCGAGAAGCAGCUAGAGCGCGCGAGCCAGGAGGUCCGGCGCGAGGUAGAGGGCACGCUCGCGCGCUCCACGCGCGCGCGGCACGAGACGGAACGAUUUUUGCAUAGCAAAGGGCCGGGUUUUAGCUGGCGGCGGACGGAAUACGGGCAGUGGCGCGCGCGGUUCGAGAAGGGGGAGGCGGAGGAGGUGCUCGAAGUUUAGGAAAGGUUUAGGAUUCUGGUCAAGAUAUUAGUCGAAGUCGCGUUAGGAUGUGAGGGACGGGACUUGCGGGUUGGUAAUCUCUGUCGCGGUGUAAAAACAUAGAGACGGUUUGCAGCGAACCAAACCUUUCAAGCGAGCCAGACUUGAAGGGUUCUGAGGAGGCAUACCGGGUUCUGCACUCCGUCAAAUGUUGAGCGUCUUUGGAGCGAGUGAGCCAUGCACCGCGAUGUCACUGGCACCUAUAGAAGGUCAUCACUAAAGGUCAGGACCCAGCUGUCAGGGUUUCAAAGGAAGCCAGGACGGAUCACAAGAGCUGCAUCAUUAUGGCCAGUGGUUCUAUAAUCAAGCAGGCGAAACACGUUGCGACUAAAGGUACCGGUACUGCGGCUUCCAUCCGCGGUCGUUGAGAUCAUUUGAGUGUCCU